UCUUAGCUGCCUAAGCUGGCAUCACCUCCAGCACGCUACACACUUCUUCUAAGUCAGGACAGACAAGUUCCACUAUUCCAUCACUGAAGACUGUCUUCAGUCUUCAGUCUACCUUCGGAUCACCCUUCCACUUUCCAGCACAGUGUCUCAGCGAGUAUCACUACAGAAAGGAGUUUAAUUGUGCUAAGAAGGAUCAGGAAGUUUGGAGUUUGCUCUGUCCGGUAGCUCACAGCAGCGACCAUGACCAAAAGCACCGGGGAGAACCCACGCUCUCGCAGCCGGGUACAGAGGAUCCGCGAGGACAUCCAACUGCGCUCCCUGAAGGCCAGAAAGAAAGUAGAGGACAUCACCAAAGAUGACGUUAAGACCUUCUUGAGGAGGAAUGCCUUUGUGCUGUUUACCAUUGGGGCAGUUGCUCUUGGCAUCAUACUCGGAUUUGCCCUGCGGCCAUAUAAGAUGUCCUACAGAGAGGUGAAAUAUUUCUCCUUCCCCGGAGAGCUCUUAAUGCGCAUGCUCCAGAUGUUGGUCCUCCCCUUGCUGGUGUCCAGUCUGGUCACAGGCAUGGCAGCACUUGAUAGUCGGGCUUCAGGCAAGAUGGGGAUGCGAGCCGUGGUGUACUACAUGACCACCACAUUCAUCGCUGUGUUCAUCGGAAUCAUCAUGGUCCUCAUCAUCCACCCUGGCAAAGGCUCCAAAGAUGAGUUUACUCAGCAACAGAAAAUAGAGCAAGUCAGCCCAGCAGAUGCCUUCCUGGACUUGAUCAGAAACAUGUUUCCUCCCAACCUUGUUCAAGCUUGCACACAGCAGUUCAAAACCCAAUAUGGCAAAAGAGUUAUACAUGUGAAGGUGAUAGUGAAUGAGAGCAUUUUCAAUCUGACCAACGUGACCCAAGAGAUUGCUCAGGAAGAGAUCAUCCCACUCUCUGGCACCACAAGCGGAGUCAAUGCUCUUGGGCUGGUCGUGUUUUCCAUGUGCUUUGGCCUGAUCAUUGGGAAUAUGAAGGAAGAAGGCCAAGCACUCAGGGACUUUUUCGACUCCCUCAACGAGGCUAUCAUGCGUCUGGUUGCCAUCAUCAUGUGGUAUGCACCAAUCGGCAUCCUCUUUUUGAUUGCUGGCAAAAUCGUGGAAAUGGAUGACAUCACUGAAAUGGGAGGGCAACUAGGCAUGUACACUGUGACGGUCAUCAUAGGCCUCCUAAUCCAUGGCAUUGUUAUUCUACCUACUCUCUUCUUUGUCAUUACCCGGAAGAACCCCUUCAUCUUCAUCACUGGCUUAUUGCAGGCCCUAAUCACCGCCUUGGGAACAUCGUCCAGUUCAGCCACUCUGCCCAUUACAUUCAAGUGCUUAGAGGAGAACAAUAAAGUUGACAAGAGGGUGACCCGCUUUGUGCUGCCAGUUGGCGCAACCAUCAACAUGGAUGGAACGGCACUGUACGAGGCGCUGGCUGCAAUCUUUAUUGCACAGGUCAACAACAUGGAGAUGAAUUUCGGACAGAUCAUAACUAUAAGCAUCACAGCCACAGCUGCCAGUAUCGGUGCUGCUGGAAUCCCCCAGGCUGGACUGGUGACCAUGGUCAUCGUGCUGACCUCUGUGGGCCUCCCCACUGACGACAUCAGCCUUAUCAUCGCAGUUGAUUGGUUCCUGGACCGACUGCGCACGACGACCAACGUGCUGGGUGACUCUAUAGGAGCAGGCAUCGUGGAGUUCCUGUCCCGAGAUGAGCUGCAGAAUGGCGAUUUGGAGAUGGGCAACUCUGUAUUGGAGGAGAAUGAGGUGAAGAAGCCUUACCAGAAGAUUCCUCAAGAGAACGAGUAUGAGAACGAGAAACCUCCAGACAGUGAAACAAAGAUGUAGUGUCCGGUUGUGGUGUGUGUUCCCAAGCAGGGAUUUCUUUGUGUGUGUGUGUGUGUGUGUGUGUGUGUUAUUCUUUUUUUUUCAUUGGCUACCAUUUUUCUUUCAUUGGGUACCAUUUCUUUUUCAUUGUUUAGUAUCCCUGUCAAAUUUCCAUUAUUCAUUGACUCCUCAUUUUACAUUAAUCAUCACCUGUGAAUCAUUUUAAGACUUAUUGGUUAUAUCAUGACUGGUCACGCUGUAGAAAAGGAAUUGAAUUCCUGCAGGAAUUUGAAGGUUUAAAUAGGUAAGACCAGAUGAUGGACUAUAGAAAGUAAAGUAACGAUUUGACUUGUGAUAAAAUCUGUUAUGAUUAAACUGAAGAGUGUAAAGUAAAAAAGAGCUGAAUGGAAACUAGAGGGUCGUGUGUCACAUAAUUGAAUAGUGUCCAGUGGUAUAUUCACAAUAUAGUAUUUUGUUGAUUUAUGGAUCGACUGGGAAAAAUGAGUUGAUUUAUAAUUUGUUCAAAGCAUCGCACUGGGGUUGGGAUAAUAUUACAGGCGAUCCAGUCAAUCUUUUUGGCUCCUAACAUCCAGCAGUUAAAUGACAAGAUGCGAAUAUUAAACUCAGUAGGAAUGCCUACUUGCUCCAGUAUGUUGCCCGUGUGUUUAAAACUACCAGUAUUAUCUGUUUCUAGUGAGGAGACAACUAGCUUUAUAAGGCUUUGAUUUAUUCACUCAAGUCAAAAAGAUUUUUCUUUUACUGUCUGCUUCAUUUUUUUUUCUUUGUACUUACCUUAUCUUUAUUGUAAUGCUGGAAGGAUCAUAAUGUUCACAGUAUUUUGAUACACAUUACCGGUUACAGUGUUAAUUUCCCUCGUUCAUCUCUAGGACAUCCUGGUAGCACACUUGAAGCACUCAAAUGCUACCCCUUUGCUGCCAUUUGCUAACAUAAAUAGAUUCUAUUAUAUAAAUAGCAUAUUAUUUAGUUGUAGCUUUGGAGAGUUAAUUGUAGUUAUUGUGAAUGAUAUUGUGAAGUCUCCUGCAAGAGACUGCACUCAGCUGGAAGAAAGUGUCAUUUUGAGAAGCGGAUAAAUUCAGGAUCCGACACUACAGACAUAAACAUGCUGAGCGUCUACUAACUCACUCAAACAGAAACUGUGAUUUUGUUUCUUUUGUGAUGUGUCUAUGGGGAUUUUGUUCAUCUUGCUGGUCAUUUACCCCUUAGACGCACACACACACAAAAAAUAAAUAAAUAAAUAAAUAAAUACUGUAUGUGGUUUCAAACUACAUGGAAUAUAUGAAACUGUAGGUUUGUCUAUGGUAAAUAUAGUUUUGAAUAAAAUUGAAAAGAAAAAAAAGA